UUAAUUUCAUUAUAUCCUGUUUUACCUGGUAGACCUGAUUAAAAACAUUCCCUCAUUCAAAUCUCUGAGAAACAUAGAAAGUCCCAGUUUCGGCAUUGGAAGAGUUUAUCAGUUACAUAACGUAGCAUUUCAAUGUAGCUGAAAAAGUAUCCACAGCAGAGUAUGCAUUUGGAGAAAAGCAAUUAACAUACAAUUUUUCUUGAAUGAGCGAGGAUGGUGAAAUUAAAGCAGCUUUGGAGGAAAUUCUCUAAUUAUGUCCGAUAUGAUCUAAAGGAGAUUGCAUUUCCAUCCUCUCUUCCUGAUCCCCCUCAUAUAAAACCCCGCAAGAAACUCACACUGAAAGAGUGGUUAGAGGUAAUAAAAAAAGCAUCUAGACUGUAUGCAGAGAGCUGGAAACGUGAUAUUAGUGAUGACAUUGACAUCUUGGAAGGUAGAACACCACAAGGCAAAACUGAAAAUGGGCAGAAAGAAGGGAAAGAAGGGUAUGAAAAGGAACCGUCUACAUUGGAGGAUAUUGCUGUGGCAGCAAGAGGUGGUAUGGAGACACUGCGUCCUGUACUACAACGAGUCUACGUGACAAGGGCAUCAGCUUAUAAAGAUGCUCUAAAGAAUUUUAUUGAAGGCUAUAAAGAAGGUAUAGCAGAAACAAUGGAAUCAAAAGAUUCUUUAAAAUCACCAUCACAUGAAGAUAUCAGCAAUUUAGUGAAAGAAGAGAAGAAAGAAGAGAAGAAAGAAGAGAAAUGAGUGCUGUGGAAUAUACGUUUGGAGAGUAGAGAUAGUUUCUUAUUACAGAUAGUUCUACAGAUUUUGAUCUUUAUGCUUUGAGGCAUUUUAGAGUGGUAAUGCCGUAAACAAGAGAUCAGAUUAAAUUUGAGGCAUACUUGUACCUGAAUUUACUGAAUUACAGAGAGGAACGCAAAGCAAUGCCAAUUACUAUCAAACAAGUUUAUCACCUUUGAUGUACAUUCAUUGGAACUGGCACAAACAAUUCGUUAGAAUGUGUAAUUGAUUCUUGAAAAUCAUGUCUUCCUUGCUCAAAAUGUAAAUUACCUCUUGAUCAUAGUUUAGUAAUUGACAUAUGGCAGAGGUUUAACUGAAAAAACUCAACUUCAUGGAUUCUCUACAAUUGUUUUUUUGAUGUCUUGAAUCAAAUAUCACAUAAAUUUGGUAUCUUAUUCUCU